AUGGUAUCUGUGGGUAGUAGAGAUGGAAGCAAGAGGAUAAGCUUGGGGUUAGAGAUGGAAGAGACUGAGCUUGAAGAAGGAGAGGCCCUGAGCUAUAACAAUGAAGCUCGAGAUUCCACCAUUGACCCUGAUAUUGCUCUCUCUUACAUUGAGGAGAAACUCCAAAAUGUAUUGGGGCAUUUCCAGAAAGAUUUUGAAGGCGGUGUUUCAGCUGAGAAUUUGGGGGCGAAAUUUGGUGGCUAUGGCUCGUUUUUGCCCACUUAUCAGAGGUCACCAUCUGGAUCUCAUACCAAGAUUCCUGCAGAGCCUCAUCAUAAUCAUGACUUACAAGGAUCCCCGAAAAAGCUACAUGUGGAGGAUCAAAGAAAAAACUCUCUUGCGUCAUCAUGUGCUUCUUCUCCAUUGGGAAGGCCCCAUGUUGCUUCAGGAAAAUUGUCACCUCUUGGAAGUUCCUUGAAAGGCAUCAAUAGUUAUUUACAAUCUAUAAAUUCUUCUGAUCAGAGAACCCUGAAGGUCCGAAUUAAAGUUGGCUCUGAAAAUUCGUCGACCCGAAAAAAUGCUGCAAUAUAUAGUGGUCUUGGUCUUGUAGUGUCUCCAUCAUCCUCGUUGGAUGACAGUCCUACAACUUGUGAAGGGCAUUUCGGUAAACUCACAGAGGCCCCAGAGGCAUCACCCACCAGUAUUCUACAGAUGAUGACGGCCUUUCCGGGUGAACUACUUUUAUCACCCAUUUCGAAAUAUCUGAUUUGUCUGACAGAAAAAAAGAAGCCUAUAGGGAAGUUUGAAACUAAAACAGUGGACAAGACGAGUGUAGAAAGUUCUGGGAUGUUAGAAAAUGAGUCUCUUCCCAGUAAGUGCCAUCAGAAAAAAUCGAUGUUGUCUGAGAAGGGUGAUGUUUCAUCUAUGGAAUUGAAGAAUAAGAAAAGCAAUGGCAAUGUGGAUUAUGGUAAAGGUUUUCUCUUGAAGAAGGAAAGGGAAACUGAGGUCUCGAAUGCUUCGAAACUUCCACUUUUAUCCGGUUCACAAAAUAACUCUACCGAACCUGCAAAAUUAAAAGAUGACGUUAAGGUGGAAACCUUCUCUGCAUUUACGGAGAAUGGUAUUUUGGAUAAUGAAUCUGCUCAAGUUAAUAGUGGAGUUGAUAAUUCGGGCAAAACUUCUGAAUCUAAAAACGGAAAUCCUGUCAGUAACAAUGCAGUUUUCCCUUCUGUUGAUCAGUCUGAGUUAAUUGUGGGAAAAAAAAGUGAGGAAGGUCUAAAACCAGCUAGUGCAAAACCAUCCACAGGGAGCAAGAAAAAACAAAAAGUGGCUAAUGGUGCUGACAGAUAUAAGGACUUUUUCGGGGAUGUUGAAUUUGAAGACGAGGAUAAAGAGUCUAUUUCAGGCGAGAUGAACUCCCCAGGAAGGUUGAAAAAUGCCCGAGUUGUUGGUAAAAGCAGCUCUAGUGAUGAUCCUAACAUUUCUAAAGAGAAAUUUUAUGUAGAUAUUUCUCAAAAACCACCACAGGUCCCAGAUAUUUAUCAUUUGGCCCCUCCCAAUGCAAAUGCACCGUCUUCACAGGCUCCAGCAGGAAGUGUUCCUUCAGUGAAAGAAGAUUGGGUCUUGUGUGACAAGUGUCAGAAGUGGAGACUCCUACCUCUCGGAACAAAUGUUUCGAGUCUUCCCGAUAAAUGGAUUUGCCGGAUGCUGACCUGGCUGCCCGGAAUGAAUCGAUGCAAUGUUCCCCAAGAGGAGACAACGAAUGCUUUAAGAGCCCUUUACAAUCCUUCUGCUUCAAUCCCAGGCCUUUCUUCCAAGACCCAAAGCUGUCAACUUAAUAAUAAUAACUCUGCUGUGAGUUCUAUGCAAAUGGCCACGGCUGAUGCUAGUUAUCCAGCCCAAGAGAACCAAAGCUUUGCUAGUGGGAAGAAAAAAUACGGGUCAAUGAAGGUAGAAAAUUUGAAUGAUCUAGAUGGCUCCACCAACUCCUCACAUUCACGCAAGAAAGGCCUGGGAACAUCUGGUAAGACGAGUAACUUGAACAUCGGAAAUAAUUCGCCUUCUCGAAAGUCGGUUUUUCUGGUCGAAAAAUAUAGUGAUCAUAAGGAAGAAAAGCAACCACUUUCCAACUCCUCUGAUAGAGGUACAAACUUAAAACUGCAGAGCAAGCGAGAGGCUGAUACGGAAGGUUCUGGAGCUUCUAAAAGAAUAAAAAGUGAGGAAUUACAUGCAGAUGAUGACUAUUGGACUUCUGACAAUCGUGGUAGUUCUUCAAAAGCAGAUUGUCCAUCAACCAGUUUUUCUAAUAAAACAUCAAGGAAUGAUGAUAGGCAUAAAUAUAACAGCAAAACGGAUUUAAUUGGAGCCCAAAAAUGUGAUGAAAAGGAUUCUAUCAGGAAGAGGAAAGCAAAAGAACAAAGUGACCAACAGAAAGAAAGGAAAGCUAAAGUUAGUCACAAAGAUGAUCCUGAUAACGGGCAUUUCUCGAGGACUGUUCAGGCAGUGGAUUAUUCGAGAAGUGAUAUGGGUUGUGUAAAUCCUACAGUUGCUGCUGAUUCAAGCUCGCCUAAUGUAUCGGGCUCGCAUAAGAACAAAGCCAGUGGCCAGGAAGUUAAAAGUUCCCCUGUUGAAUCAGUGUCUUCUUCUCCUAUAAGAUAUCCUAACAUCGAUAAAGUCACAUCUGAUAAAGAUAAGGAUAUGAAAAAAGAUGGGGGGCUUUCUGGCGAAGGUGUAAAAAAAUUUUCUGAGCAGUGCCAAUUUGAAGAAAAGGCAAAUGUAGACCCAUCACUGAAGAAAAAACCCAGGCAAGGAUUGUCUUCACAUUUGAAAGACAAUGCUCGUGCUUGUGGAGAUAAAGUUCAAAAUUCUUCUCAUGAUUCUUUGCAUCACGAAUAUGUGUAUGAGGAGAGACCCAAGAGUAGGAACAUCAAAAGCCAAGAGAAAAAGCUUAAUAAUAAUAUUCAUCAAGAGCAAGCUAAGGAGAAAUUACCAAAGAGAAGCAACCAGGCAGAGACUAACGGAACUGUGAAAUCGUGCUCACUUCCACCUUUAGCAAGAAUUUCGACUGAACCUGUUUUUGGAACUCAGAAAGAAAUUGGUGUUAAAAGUUCGGCACUCGAUUUAGAUAAUGGUGAGGGACAAAAGGCACCAAAUCAGAGAACGAAAGUUGAGAACUUGAAAACUCACAAUUCUCUUAAAGUUCGGGAUAUUGAUGCUCCUACUCCCCUUCAAAAGGAUUCAUCCAUUCAUGCAGCUAACAGUGCUUUAAAAGAGGCGAAGGACCUAAAACACUUGGCCGAUCGUCUUAAGAAUAAUGGCUCCACUGAAAGUAUAGGAUUUUACUUCCAAGCUGCUCUCAAGUUUCUUCAUGGAGCCUCUUUGUUGGAAAAUGGAAGCAGUGAAGCCACAAAACAUAAUGAUCUAAUGCACUCGAUGCAUAUAUAUAGCAGCACUGCCAAACUCUGCCAGUUUUGUGCACAUGAAUAUGAAAAGUUGAAGGACAUGGCUGCUGCUUCGUUGGCCUAUAAAUGCAUGGAAGUUGCUUACUUGCGUGUGGUUUAUUCAUCGCAUAACAGUGCAAGUAGGGAUCGAAAUGAGUUGCAAACGGCUUUGCAAAUUGUCCCUCCUGGUGAAUCUCCUUCUUCAUCUGCAUCUGAUGUUGACAACUUGAACCACCAAAUAACUACCGAAAAGCCUUCACUAGCCAAAGCUGUUGGUUCCCCUCAAGUUUGUGGAAGCCAUAUAAUCACUUCACGCAAUCGUUCUGGUUUUUUGCGUAUUCUAAAUUUUGCACAAGAUGUUAACUUUGCAAUGGAAGCCUCGAGGAAAUCAAGAAUUGCAUUUACAGCCGCUACUGCAAAACUUUGUGAAUCCUCGAAUAAAGAGAGUUUCAACUCACUGAAAAAUGCACUACAUUUUAAUUUCCAUGACGUUGAGGAACUAUUACGGCUUGUUCGGUUCGCAAUGGAAGCCAUCAACCGUUAA